GGUAACACUGGCAUCAUAGCACGCCAAAAAAAAUGAAAUGAAAAUUAUUUCAUUUAAGUCGACGUUCUCAAUCUGUUAGUGUUACUGAAACCGAAUCGUCUUAUUAUAACUUUCAGAAAAUAUCAACGACCGAGUAUUUCGCGACAUACGAAUAUUCAACACGCAUGUCGCUAACUCAUCACAAUGGGUUACACUGGCAAUUAGACCUCAAUGGCGCCACCAGUGGAUCGGGUCAUGUACCGCCACCUUCUCCUCCUGUAGCCGAUCCGUCGACAUCCCAGGUGAGUGUUCAACAUCCGGCAGUGUCCGUGUCCACAAAGGAGGAAGAGCAUGAGUCUGUGCAGGAUCAAACAGGAUCAGUACAAUCCAGCGAAAACAAUUUUCAGCCAAUAGAACAGCACGAGGCUGCUGGAGACAAAUCGCAAACCGAACCGGGAAACAAAACUAAAAAUCAAUUGAUAUUCCUGGGCCUUGAGCGCAAAACCAUUAAUGUCGAUCAAAUACUGUCGAAGAUAAAGUUCGAACCGAGUGAAAAUCCAAAAGUCAGUCCUCCGCAGCUGGAGAAACUGGUAGAGUGUGUUAAGCAGACUCUUAAGUUUAUUCGGGAUAUCACGGAGCGAUUGGUGGCCGUACCAAUUAGUAAAAACGCCAUAUCCCUGCACAAAGUAUCUCUCCUUUUGCGCGAGAAAUUGAUCGAUGUUUGGCGCUAUCUGGUGCAGUGCCACACGGAAACCCGCAGUAACCCGCCGCUCCGGACCCUGAUCAUUGAAGUGUUUCUGGGCUUGCAGGCCGCAUUCGAGCUGACCCAUCUCGGCGCAACUUGCGCAGGGAAUAAUUUGAACAACGAUCCAAUGGGAUUGGAUUUAUUAACCCGAUUUCGUCAAAUCUUAACCGGCUGGCACAAGCCGAAGGAGGCAUUGCCUGGCACCAGUCCGGAAGAAGCGGGCGGUGGAACAGGCGGUGACUUGCCGGCCAGAGAGGAUCCACCACAGGACUUACUUGGUAACUCUGCACGGAAGAGAAGGUACCAGGAUAACGAUCCUCGACUAAUCAAGUACCGUAAGGUGGAUAAUUCGUUUCCGCGUUUCGUUGCUAAUGAAGCUGCGGAGGACUAUCCACCAGCCAGGUUAAUGUCAGAGCGCGAACGAGAGCCGAUGAUGGCUCAGCGAAACAAUACCAAGCGGAUGUCGAUCUUUGAUUCGCCGAAGAUGGUACAGUAUCGCGUACGUUUUGGGGGUAACAGUCCCCUCGAUUUUUCCGAUGAAGAUGACGAUGAACUGCAACAAAUCCCGCGCUUCGCCAACAAUAGCGGCGGCACCAAUAACACAGUCGCAGCCCUGACGGCUUCUAGUUCCUCUUCGCGUCCGCUACAAGCGGCCUCAUCACUGAAUCACGGCUCGGGAUCACUCCGCACCUCAAUGCUCUACUCUGACGCCGUGCGUCUGGGUCAGAAUGGCUUCAACGAUUCGCGCAUCAAUGGCCAUGGCGAGGAUUCGGUUAUUGCUCAAGAGGAGCAGCGCUCGGAGCGCGAACAAUACCUUAGCCUGAUCCGUAAUCUUUGCUACGACAAGUCCACCGUUCGUCCAGCCACACCGGCGAAAACCACCGGCAUCUCAUGGAGCUCUAUUCUGGGCAACAACAACAAGCAGCAGGAGCGCUUACCCCUGGCCUCAGAGCGCCAACAGCAACCGCCCGAGAAUUGCGCCUACACCAACUAUGCCAAGCUCCUGGCCCAAGCCGAUGAGGCAAAGCCGGCUCCGGCUCCUAUCCAGCCCUACAACAGCGUCAAUAGCGCCACCAGCCAUGCCUCGACCAUUUCCCAUAGCGACGCCUCCACCAGCUCGGAUGCUCAGUCCGUCGUCAUCACCGGAAUCGAUGACAGUAGCGAAGAUAUUAGCGAUCAGGGGGAGCCGAACACCAGUGCGACUGCCAAGACAUCUGGCGGAUUGAACACCUCGCUCAAUAACUCGCUGGUGGCUCGUUUCGCGAAGUCGCUCUUCUUUCAAGACGACUAUACCGAACAGUACCGCGAGAAGGCGCUGCGCCAGCGCAAGGAGAUGGAACUCAAGCGUGAACAGGCUAUCGAAGAAUACGAGAAGUUGCGACAAGAGCGCUGCGCCUACGAGGUAGGAUUGCGCGAGACUAUGUUAAACUAUAGGCUGCCUCACAAGCCCAUAUUUGUCAUUGGAUCUAUAGAAAGAAAACCGGAACCUAAGGAAUCGACCCGGCAGCCUCUCACCGAUGAGCUGCUGCGUCGGUUCACCGACCUGAUGCAGGGGGCGGCACAGCAGGUUCUGAUAUCGAAAUUCAACAUGAACAUCCACCGCAGCGAUAUCCGCACCCUGCUCGGAGGCAAGUGGUUGAACGACGAGGUGAUUAACUUCUACAUGAACAUGAUAACCGAUCGAUCCGAGCGCCGGGCUGGCCAAUUGCCCAGCGUUUAUGCCAUGAACACGUUCUUCGUGCCACGCCUGCUCCAGAACGGACAUGACGGCGUCAAGCGCUGGACUCGCAAAGUCGAUCUGUUCUCCAAGGACAUAAUACCGGUGCCGGUGCACUGCAACGGUGUCCACUGGUGCAUGGCGAUUAUACAUAUGCGCGAUCGCACCAUUCGCUACUACGACUCGAUGGGCAAGCCCAACCAGCCGGUGCUGGACGCAUUGGAGGCGUAUCUGCGGUCCGAGUCGCUGGACAAGCGCAAGAAGCCAUUCGACACCAGUUGCUUCCGUAUCGAGAGCAUGCCCGAUGUCCCCCAGCAGACCAACGGCAGCGAUUGCGGCGUCUUCAGCUGCACGUUCGCCGAGUAUAUAACGCGCGAUCGCCCCUUCAAUUUUAGCCAAGAAGACAUGGAUUAUUUCCGCAAGAAAAUGGUCCUGGAGAUCUGCGGCGGCGAACUGUGGUUGUAAAGAUACUUAUAUAGAUAUAUGUCUAGGCCACCGGCACGAUUCGGCCAGACAUCAUUAUUUAUUUUUCGAUAGUUUAGAAACGUAACCAUAAUCUUUCCAGGCGAGCGCUAUGAGAUUGAAAAAUACUCGUGUACUCCUCGAAUCCAUCCUCCUCGAUCGACGGAGCUCCUUGUAUUCGACAAUUCAAAAACUAAGACUACGCAAUUGUACUACACACAAUUUUAACCGACAAACCCCUUCAGAUCAGAGCCUGGAUAGCUACUAGUAGGCUACUUAUUUUAACAAAUUCUGCACGUUUUUUUUUGUACAAAUCAGGGCACGUAGAGACACACAAAAAGCCACAGC